UAGGAGCACCCUAUUUUUACCUAGGCUGGCUGGCCAAGAAGGUUCGAGUAGAGAAGAAAGAGAAAUGGCACUAAGAUCAGCCGUACUUCGCUACAUUCGAGUUCCCGUUCAAACCCUAACGGCGACCGAAUCAAAACCUCAGCCCCAAUGGAGUCUCCGCGCUUCCCUUCGGUUAUUUUCAUCGCAUGACGUUCACCUUACUAAAGAAGAAGUAAUCGACAGAGUCCUCGACGUUGUCAAAAGCUUCCCCAAAGUCGAUCCUUCUCAGGUGACACCCAAUGUUCAUUUCCAGAAAGAUUUGGGGUUGGAUAGCUUGGAUAAUGUGGAGAUUGUAAUGGCCUUAGAAGAGGAAUUCAAGCUGGAAAUUCCUGACAAGGAAGCUGACAAGAUUGACGCAUGUAAUCUUGCUAUUGAGUACAUAUAUAACCAUCCAAUGGCUGGUUAAUCUGUGCAAACUGCAAAGCAAGGGUAUAUCUUGUUGAAUUUCAUUCGAAAGGAAGAAUGGCAUCUUGUACUCUGUUUUUGUUCAACAUUUUAGGUGUUUGUAUGGAUUUUCUCCUCAUAAUGGGAUUAAGACUGAGAAUCUGAAUC